CACCAAUGAGCGAAGGGGAGGGGUGGGCUGGCGCGGGGCGCGUCUGGGUCGCCGGGCUGCGGAGCGUGGCGGCACUGGUCACGGCGCCGGGCGGCAGCGAUGAAGCCGCCUAUUUCAAUACAAGCAAGUGAGUUUGACUCAUCAGAUGAAGAGCCGAUUGAAGAUGAACAGAUUCCAAUUCAGAUAUCAUGGCUCCCUCUGUCCCGGGUGAACUGUUCUCAGUUUCUGGGCCUAUGUGCUCUCCCAGGUUGUAAAUUUAAAGAUACUAGAAGAAAUAUCCAAAAAGAUACGGAAGAACUAAAGAGCUGUGGCAUACAAGACAUAUUUGUUUUCUGCACCAGAGGAGAACUGUCAAAAUACAGAGUCCCAAACCUCUUGGACUUGUACCAGCAGCAUGGAAUCACCACCCAUCACCACCCGAUCCCAGACGGAGGGACUCCUGACAUAGCCAGCUGCUGCGAGGUGCUGGAGGAGCUGGCAGUCUGCCUUAAAAACGGCCGCAAGACCCUGCUACACUGUUACGGAGGACUCGGCAGAUCCUGUCUUGUUGCAGCUUGUCUCCUGCUGUACCUGUCUGACACGGUGUCCCCACAGCAAGCCAUCGACAGCCUGCGGGAUGUGAGGGGCUCCGGGGCCAUACAGACCAUCAAGAUCCCUGUUUGAACAGGCUUGAUGCAUCACACUGCUGUCAACAGCCACAUCCGGAGUGAGAACCCGCCCUGCGGUGGAAGCGCCACCCAAGUCGUCGUUGGCACCGUGGCAAUGACAUUCCAGACAUGUAACUGGAGGGAAGAAGAGGCAUCGUACAAAAGAAAACAUUUUACCAGUUUCCAAGCAUAUACAGCUCCAUUUCCCUUCUAUGCAAAAAUAGGACAUACCUUCAAAGUAUGGUACUUAGGGAGCAGAGCAGAGCUGAGAGGUCUCAGCAGGAGUCCUCGAGCCCAGAGCACUGAACAGGCUUUAAGAGGGACACGGGCUACACCCUGCCACAUACUCUGCUGCCAUGUGAAAGGCAGGAUCUGGGUAUUUGAACUUGACUAGUAGGUCUGACAGCUUGUAGUGUCACUGCUAAGACUUCAAAACUGACAAACACUUCACACCUCUUCAAACCCACACCGCAAAGUGGGCUUGUCUGGUUAUUUCCUAGCACUUCUCUUUCCCAUGGGAAAAAAAAUUCAAACUUCAAACAAAUUAGCAGUUUGAAUAUAGUCUGGGGCCAAACUCUCCUCUCCCCUGGAAUAGGAAGUAGGGAUACCAGUUAAGCAUUGUGAAAACCAUCAAACAUCAUUAAUAACAUUUAGAUCUGUGGCUCCUCAAAUAUUUUCUACCCCUAUACCUCUUUAUUAGGAAACAGGCAUAGUGCCAUAAACAGCACUAAGAAUAACUGCUACCCAGGCUUUAUUUAAAAAGAUUUUCAAUUCAGGAGAAGCAGUAGCAUCCACAGCAACCGAGCUCUUGUCACAGCCACAGUACUACACUAGAUGUGAUAAAAUAGGCCUAACUGGGGAAAAUGGUUUCUGAGAGCUGUAAAGAUAAACGAUGCACCUAUCAAAAACAACUGGAACAGAAUAAACAGCUGGCCCCACGUGGCACGGGCACCAUACAUGGGGUCUAUAUGCCCUGGCUGCCUGGGCCUCAGUUGACCCACAGGCAGAUUAAUGUCACAAAUAAAUUCAAAGCAAGGAAAACAGCCAGUGGAACACUGUGAAAUGGAAGGAUUUUGUUUCUGCUUUCUCUUGGCAUGUGAUUUAAUUUCAUAAAACACUGAGAUAAGCAUGGGAAGACACCAUGAAAGCAACCAGGCACUGGCCCUUCUGAUGACUUGCAUGCCAGGACCUGCCCACCUGCCAGAGAGGGGAACCUCACUGGCCAUCAUCUCUGAGCGAUCAGCUGAGGACUACGUAUCUAAUUUUGGAGACAUAAGAAAGCAGCUUCCACAAAUUCCAACCAGUACACUUUGCAUUAAUCCUAGAGAAUAUUCUGGAUUUGAUUAUUGAAAGGAUAUUUGUUAAAACUUACAAAGGAAAGUAAUGUUUGCUAAGAGCAAGGACUUGUCAAUAUACGUUGAGAGGAAUAUUAAAGUGACAGGCCAGGACACCGAUGUGGACUGUAGAAGACCUGGCCGGGUGCCUCGUGAUCAGAAGUACCGUGACCAGAGAGAAAGUGAGUGGGCACCACCAGUCAGGCGGACUAGGCCCCGGUGCCAGCGCUCACAGCCAGAACUUCCCCUGCCGCCAAGCGAACCCCAGAUGCAAAGCACAGGUGUGUGAAGCUUCCUGGUUGUGCAAUCAUCUGACUCUGUCACUCUCCUGCUACAACCUCCUCUUCUUCAACACACCCACCCAGUUACCCAGCACCAACAAGGUGGAAGCCCCUCUCCCUGCCAAAGGCAGGGAAGCACUGAGAUAAAGCACUUUUUCACUAGCAGAGAACAGAACAGCAUCUAAUUCAAGAUGUUCAUUCUUAGCUUAACACGUCCACAAACACAUCCACAAACUCCCUUGAUGAUUAGGUGAAAUUUUUAUUGUUUUUAUUUUCUUAUUUUAUGCGGUUUUUGGCUGGGGCUGAGUUUGAACCUGCCACUUCAGGCAUAUGGGGCCGGCGUCCUACUCCUUUGAGCCACAGGUGCCGCCCCGAUUAUGUGAAAUUUUAUAUACUGAUUUUCUUUCUUUGAUCCUUAUCCAAGAAACUUCUGAACCACUUACAUUAUUUUCAACUGUCCUCACUUCCCCAUCCCAAAUCACACAAAUGCUUACAAAAACAUGUAAGCCGUAAUUUACCUGCCUCGCAAGCAGUGAAAACUCAGAAAAAUUUACAAGCCGUUUUACCUUAAAAUUGCCAUUUGAAAAAUAAAACAAUUUAAGUGCCACAAUUUUUUUUCAAACUGGGAAGAUAAAUGAUGGCACUGUGCCAUCAGUGUUUAUAUAUCUUGUCAAAUGACAACAGAGGGUAAUGUGCAUGGCCAUUUAAAAAUAGUCCUCUUGAUGACAGCGCCUGCAGCUCAAAGGAGUACGGUGCUGGUCCCAUAUACCAGAGAUGGCGGGUUCAAACCCAGCCCCAGUCAAAAAAAAAAAGAUGGAAAAAAAGAAAUAG